GGCGUCUCUGCGCCUCGUCCUGCUGCUUCUGGGUCCUGGUCUCGCGGCAGGAGCCUCCAAGGACCUGGUCUGCGAGCCCAUCACGGUGCCCAUGUGCCGGGGCAUCGGGUACAACCUGACCUACAUGCCCAACCAGUUCAACCACGACACCCAGGAGGAGGUGGGGCUGGAGGUGCACCAGUUCUGGCCCCUGGUCCGGAUCCGCUGCUCCCCGGACCUGCUGUUCUUCCUGUGCAGCAUGUACACCCCCAUCUGCCUGCCGGACUACCGCAAGCCGCUGCCGCCCUGCCGCUCGGUGUGCGAGCGCGCCAAGCGGGGCUGCUCGCCGCUCAUGAGCCAGUACGGCUUCGAGUGGCCCGAGAGGAUGAGCUGCGAGCGGCUGCCCAGGCUGGGCGACGAGGUCCUGUGCAUGGACCAGAACAGCAGCGAGACCACCACCCCGGCGCCCCCGUUCCCCAAACCCACGCCCAAGGGCCGCACCAGGCCCCCGAGCCCGCCGCAGUGCGACAGGGAGUGCCGCUGCCGGGACCCGCUGGUGCCCAUCAAGAGGGAGUCCCACGCCCUGUACGGCCGGGUCCGGACCGGACCGCUGCUCAACUGCGCCCUGCCCUGCCGCCUGCCCUACCUGUCGGCCGACGAGCGCGCCUUCACCAGCUUCUGGGUGGGGCUGUGGUCGGUGCUGUGCUUCGUCUCCACCUCCGCCACGGUGGCCACCUUCCUCAUCGACAUGGAGCGCUUCCAGUACCCGGAGCGGCCCAUCAUCUUCCUGGCCGCCUGCUACCUCUUCGUGUCGCUGGGCUACAUCGUGCGGCUGGUGGCGGGCCACGAGCAGGUGGCGUGCGGCGACAGCGGCCCGGGCGGCGACCGGACGCACAUCCUGUACGACACCACGGGCCCCGCCCUCUGCACCCUGGUCUUCCUGCUGGUGUACUUCUUCGGCAUGGCCAGCUCCAUCUGGUGGGUGGUGCUGUCCUUCACCUGGUUCCUGGCGGCGGGGAUGAAGUGGGGCAGCGAGGCCAUCGCCGGGUACUCCCAGUACUUCCACCUCGCCGCCUGGCUCAUCCCCAGCGUCAAGACCAUCGUGGUUUUGGCUCUCAGCUCCGUGGACGGGGACCCCGUCGCCGGGAUCUGCUACGUGGGAAACCAGAGUCUGGAGAACCUGAGGGGAUUCGUACUCGCGCCUCUGGUGGUCUACCUCUUCACCGGGUCGCUCUUCCUCCUGGCCGGCUUUGUGUCUCUGUUCCGCAUCCGGAGCAUCAUCAAGCAGGGCGGCACCAAGACGGACAAGCUGGAGCGGCUGAUGAUCCGCAUCGGGCUGUUCACGGUGCUCUACACCGUCCCCGCCGCCGUGGUGGUGGCCUGCCUGGUGUACGAGCAGCACCAGCGGCCCGGCUGGGAGCGGGCGCUGACCUGCCACUGCCUGGCCGAGCGCCAGCGCCUGGGCCUGGGCCCCGACUACGCCGUCUUCAUGCUCAAGUACUUCAUGUGCCUGGUGGUGGGCAUCACCUCGGGGGUCUGGGUCUGGUCGGGGAAGACCCUGGAGUCCUGGAGGAGGUUCGCGGCCCGCUGCUGCCCCUGCUGGCCGCACAAAGCCACCGCGCCGCCCUCCAUGUACAGCGAGGCCAGCACGGCCUUGACGGGCCACACCGGGAGCGGCCUGACCACGGGGAUCUACCACAAAUCCGCUCCGUCUCAUAUAUGA